AUGCUCAACUCGCUCUCCAAAGAGCGCAUUCGGCCGCUCGUCGAGCUCAACGACCGCAUCAAUGCGCUCACCAAGGAGGAGGGCUCCAUCAACUCGACUCGCAUUGUCGUGGUUGGAGACCAGAGCCACGGAAAGUCGUCGCUCCUGGAAGCGCUGAGCGGCGUCGACCUCCCUCGCGGUGAGGACAUCAAGACACGCGUACCGCUGGUGAUGCAGCUCCGCGAGAGUACCGAUGGCACCGAGUACGCGCUGAUCUCGGUCGAUCAGAUAUGCUGGCUCCGCACAAAAGUCGUGCAGAGCCGCUUCGGACUGAGAGCAUAA